CAUUAUUCAUGUUCGCGGCCCGUUUGUACGGAGCCCCCUGGUGUCAAGGAAUGAGCAAAAAACAUAAUGCUGUAUUAAUUAACAAUCUUCCUGUGAUUGAUGGACGAGUGACGACCAGUCCGUAAUGUUGUAGCUACCUGCAACCCACGGGAUUCAUACACGCGGUCUAAUAUUUGGGGGUAAUCCCUCCAUAUUUUCGCCUUGGUGACGAUGGAAGAUGAGCUGGAGCUCUUCAUCAGGGAGCACAAGGCCAGAGUAGCCCAGGAUAGAGCGAGUUUGGAGAUAGAUCCUCCUUACAUGGAAAUUCAGGGAAAACCUCACCGAAGCUAUGGAUCCCUGCUCAAGGAGAACAUCCCUCCCAAGUUAACUGUGCAGGAGCAAGAGGAAAUUACCAAUGUGGGUCUGCCCCUCGGUGUGGAGUAUGAAAGGAAGAAAAAGGGGCUGCAGCAUGAGCUUCGGAUGGACUACAGACGAUACAUUGCACAGCAAAAUUGUGUCCUCAAACAGCGCCCCCCUUCAAGGAAGGAUGUAGCAACUCUGACAGAAGCCAGUCAGGAGUCUCAAAGACCACAUUCCCCUCCUCAGGGUUCCACACAACACGUAAGGCGUGAGUUGCCUGUGGACCAGGAGUCAGAGAAAGAACCAGUCACCAAAGAGAAGCUAAUAGAUGUUGGAAAUAGCUGGGGAAUCGGGUUGGACUCCAGUUAUGAGAGAGUGCAACCCAGAAAAGAUGAUGGCAGGGAGAAGAGGGACGUUCCGACAGAUUUUGUCAGACAAAGCAGGCGAUCGAGGACAAUGAACAAAACUGACGAAGCAGAAUUUUCUACUGGCCUUUUAAUUGGAGAAAUUGAAACCGAUGAAACCUUGCAGAGGAGGAAAGAGCGCUACAGAGAGGCGCUGCAGGAACAGAUGGCUGAGCAAUACAGAAACAAAAAGAGGCAUAGAGAGUUGGAGCUAAAAGUUGCUGCAACGGGGGCAAAUGAUCCAGAGAAAAAGCCCAACCGAAUCAGGCAGUUUGGACUGAGCAAAAGAAAAGAGUCUCAGCUAUUGGGGCAUCUGAUGUUGGGACAGAGCGAAUCAUCAACAAUCCUACCUAAUCAUAGCAAGACCGAUGUUGGAGGCAGGGGGACGCCUCCACCAGAUCUGCCCCAUGUAGCCUUUCAGUCCCCAAUGUUUGACUGCAGCAGCGCCACGGUAAACCAGAAUGGAAGUGGGCUGGCUCCCAAUAGGCAGCCUGUUGUGCUCUCCUUCCCCAGAGCUAUGGACACUUCCAGAAUCCCUUUGCUCCCUCCUCAUCCCCCCCACAUAGUUAGUGAAGCUUACAGAGUUCCCUAUCGUGACCCCCAUUACUACUAUGGCAACGGAAACUUGCUCGACCCAAACCUCGCCUACUAUGGACAUUUGCCUUACCCUGCUGUGGGACUUCCCCUGUCUUACUAUAACAUGCCACCAGGAGGCGUUGUGCCCAGUCAGUUUGGUGACACCAGCCCUCAAAGUGGAAGCAGUAUUCCAGAGGCCUCACCACAGCCCAAUGCUAAGGCUGAUACAACAGCCUCCCAUACUGGGCUUUUCCCUCCAGAGAGGCCAGGAUCAACCAGGGAAAAAACUUUGAGCUACAGAGAUGACCUGAAAAAGCAGAUCCAGGAAGAACAAGAGCGGAAGCGUGUGGAAAGAGAGGAACAGGAGCGCUAUGAAGCCAAGCUGGAGGCCGACAUGAAAAGGCAUCAGCCUUGGGGUCGAGGUGGAGGUGGAGCCCCACUCAAAGACAGUACAGGAAAUCUCAUUGCGGACCUUAAACAGAUGCACAAAUUGAAUGAGGAGGCCUACAGUAACCCAGAACAUCAACAGAGAGCAUCAGCUGUGAUGCCAGCAGGCCCAGCUGAGUGUGCUGACCACAAUGACAGACACUCUGGCUCCCAGAUCUACAAGUUGAAUGAAGAGGCCCCGAGUAACCCAGACCAGCAACAGAUAGCACCAGUUGAACACAUUGACCCCAACGACAGGAUCUCUGGCUUCACCCAUGUUCAAACACCCCAGUUUGCUAGAGGGAGUGUGAUUACCAACCAGCCUACACCGCAGCAACUCAAUGAGCAGCACAAGCAUAAAGCUUACCUAAAACAGCAGAUUGAGGAGAAACUCCACAAAAAGGCAGAGGAGAGAGAACGGAAUAGACAAGAGGAUGAAAAGCUAGAGAGGAAGGUCGCAGAGCAGAUGGCUCGCAUCAAGAGGGAGUAUGAAGAAGAACAAGAGAAGAAGAGACUGAAAGAGUUAGAGCAAAAGGCCAAGGAACAGAAACUCCUUAAGCUGGCAGAACAGAGAAAAAUGGAAGCAGAAAGGAAGAAGACUGAAGAGAGGGAGAAAGACAAGCAACGUGAGCAAGAGAAGCAGGCCCAGGUAGAAAGGGUCCCCCGAGAGUCGUCCCCUCCAGUGCCCGCCUUGCAGGGGAAAAACAUGCCACAGCACUACAGCUCCAGACCGCCCAUUGUUGAGAGUCGUCGCUCCACUGCCCCGGUCUCAGAGCAAUCUUUGUCUGGAAACCAGUCUCCCCCUGUUCCCGCUUGUAGGAAUCAACUACGAGCUGCAGGUGGGAAACUUGACGUGUACAAUGAGUUGUCAGCAUUGCGUAAGCAGCUUCGUGCUGAGCAAAAGCGGCUUGAACAUCAUCUGCAGCAGCGAGGUUGUGAUGAAAUAGACUCCCUUAUUUCUGGAAGACAAGCACGGCCACAAGUGGAUGUUUUUGAUAUGGCCAGGCUACGCCUCCAGGCUCCAGUUCGAAAGCCCCAUCCCAGAAAUACGGAACCAAGUAAUCUGCUGCGAAUUCAUGACUCGCUUCAGCUCGAUUACUUAGAUUGUGAAUCCAGGCUCAGUUCCAAUGAGAUUGAGAGGAUGGAGAGAAUGGGUGUGGCUAGCAGAAGGAGGCAAGUCUACAGCGAUCCUCACCAGAAGCUCAGCAGCCGGCGAUCCACGCGCACAAAUGAUUUUGACAUGUCCCCUCCUCAUCAAUACGAUCUGGGGCAACAUGCAAGAGGAUCUCUCCUGGAGUCUGAUAGUGCUUUUCUUGCCCCUUUGGGAGAUGCUUUUCCUGUGCCAAGCUCCCCGGAGGCUGAGGAGACGCCCCAGCUGUCGGCCCGAGCGAGGAGGAGGCUGACCAGACAGUUCCAGCAUUCCCCGGAACUAGACAACCCUACCCACUCACGCGUCAGGAAGCAGAGAGAAGCAGAGUCGAGCAGUGAAGAAAAAAGUCCAGAAAAGUUGUCCCCCAGUUGUCGUGGCAACACAGCGGGAACGGUGGAUCUAUCUGAUGAUGACUUGUCACCUACCCAAAUUUCUCACCUCCCUCGCAACAUCCAAAGUUCAGUAGAAUCCUUCUCGACGGAUUCCUGGAUGCGACCCGGUACUUCAGAAACUCUCAGUUGUUUCGCGGGAUCAGUGAAGAGGAACUGAUUGACAACGUUUGGAUUUGUCCCUGCUUUAUAACAUUUUAGUUGAUUUUCCUAAUCGAUACUUGACGGACAAAUGUGUCAGUGCAGGAAUGUAGUCUCAAUGUUCAGUGACCUCAGAGGCCAACUCUUUAUUUAAUAAUUUAUUUUGCACUGUAUUGAUGAAAUAACAAUUUGAAUAAAUAUUCUUAUGGAUUCUA